AUGAUGCAAUCGGGAACGUUUUCUAAGAAGCGCAUCGUUCUUGUGGUGGAAUUACAAGCAAACCUACUGAUGGGUAUUGACGAAACGGACUUUAUGACCUGCCGUCAGGGCAACAACGCUGAUUACUCAAUUGCGAUGUGCGCUUUGCAGGGUCGUCACAAAAUCCACUCGCAGCAAUACUUUUUCCACAAGAUCCGCAAUUUCAUCCGCGCAGAGUUCCCAACUACGCGUAACGGAAACCGCGAACGGCAACGACAAGUCGAGCCGCCAAGCUGUGCAGCCGCGAGUGGGUCUGGUAUUACGCAGUUGUUGCCAGCGCAAGACCAAGGGAACCGUCGCUACGGCACCGGGGUCCGGCGUCGCGACCAUGAACGACAACAGCUAGGCCAAGAUCAAGGCCAUCCCGAUGUGAGUGAGUCCGGUGCCACGCGCGCACAUCCACGCAGGCCGAGGUGGGCCAAACCCACGGCUCUCGACAAACCGGCCCAGAGCUCGGAAGCCCCAAGUAACGGCGAGUUGAGCAACCAGACCAUGCGAACGGACGCGAGUCCGGUGUCACGCAUGUCGGGCCGACGAAGGCUAGGGAGUCGCGGCGCCGGAAUUUCAGGCCGUGAGCGUGGCAACCGGAAGCCACAAUAG